GGCAUGUACUCACCUCGAAGACCCUUCUCAGACGCUCAUCCCGGCAGCUCUCUCAUCGUCUGAGCACCAUGCGUUCUUCAACCCGCAUGACCCAACCAGAGCCACAUGAUCCUCGCAGACAAAUCGGCGUCGUAGGCAUAUCUGCCGUCGGCAAAACUCAAAUAUAGAGUGGCUUAUGAGUUCAUUCUCGAACACGGUCCAUGAAGUCGAUCUCGUUGAGUACUCUCCGACCUAUCGACCGACCUGCGAACCGCUACCCGGGCACAGCAUUGACGUCAAAGAGUUCCCGGGACUAGGUGCAGAGGAUCUCAAGGAAAGCUUUCAGUGUCCAACUAGCCCUGUUGUUCUAUGGAUCCUGCUUUAUGACCUUUCGUGCCCGCUUUCGCUCACCGCGUUGAAUAAGAUCUGGGUGGAGAGCUUGUCUGGGAAGGCCAUCAUCAUCGCGAACAAGGCCGACAAGUGUAAGCAGGCGACCAGGGAUCGCACUUGGCAGGACACUGGAAGCCAUAUUGGACUUGAACAUGUCAGAUUCUCGGUCAAGGACGGCACAGGCCAGGUGGAGGUCUUGAAACUGGUUAAAGACUGGCUGGCGCACGAGGAGGGCCUGGUGACAGCGAUUCCGCCCCAGGAGCUCGUCGAGCCCGAGGAAUUGUUCACAGAUGGGCCAGACUGCUGUGGUUACUGUCAUCUGGCGCUCGUUUGCAGGGAGAAGUUGCAAACCUGCAGAGACCGGAUCAGCAACUACCGAGCUCAGUUGGCAGAUUGUCUCAGGCGGCGUCCUCUCGCGCAUAGUAGUUGCGCGUUAUGUCGCCUCCUAGGGGAGCCACUUCCCGAGAAGCACUCGAGGAGAAGGUCCUGUGCGAGCACCGCCUCUAGCUGUAGCUCUGUUGUCAAGUAGACUACGCAGAGGUCGCCAUAACGACGCAAUUGACAGAUGCAUUGCCC